GAUCUCGCGACCCUUCGGCCAAAUUCGUUGCCCACUUUAGCAUUCGCGCAACGAAGGACAAACUCGCUGUCUGGGCUCUUCCACCCAAGCAGAGUGACGCAAUCCACUCUCAUAACAUCGACACUUGCUGCACACCAAGCUAACAGCGCCAAAGGCACUCUCCAGUACCCACAUUUAGCUCCACAAAACUGAAGAUCGUGGGAUCAUGUACGUGACGCGGAGGCUACUGCGCUCCACGAUGCCGCCGGAGUCUGCGGCCGAGAAGGAUGAGAAAAUGGAUGUGCCGUUUCUUCCACCACCGACCCCCAAACGACGCGCCGCUGUGCGUGCCAGCGCAAAGAUUGGUGAGGUGGUUGCUGAGUCUUCUGGCCCCGCAGCGCGCAGUCGAACGCCCAAGCAGGAGAACGAGGGUGACGAGAAGAACAAAAGUCGUAAUCAUAAGAAAACAAAGAAAGAGAAAGAGGUCAAGAAGAAACAGGAACCGACUGUAGGUGCAUCCUCUCUGCAUGGCUACCAACUUAUGGUGGACGUGCAUUACCGAGGAGAACAGUUUGCUGAGGCCAGGAUCCUGGACUUGGAUCCAGAGAAGGAGCUACUCUUUGUGCACUACAUGGGCUGGAACGCGAGGUUCGAUGCCUGGGUGGGACUAGAAGAAGUAGCAGCACACGGUAGCCACUGCGAGGUGUCCAAGAACAAGUACGCGAGCUGGGAUGGCAGCACCUCAUUGUUCGCCACGGAAGAGGAGGUGGCUGCAGAACGUGCAGGUGGCAAGACGAAGCCAAGGAACUCACAGAAGAAACGACCUGCGAUGUCCCCGAAGGCGCAACAAGCAGCACGAAAAGCUCUACAGAGCUGUAGUAAUCGUAAGACACACAGCGAGGAGAGCGAAGAAGAGCAAUCUCCAGCAAGACGUAAGAGCCCGAAACACACGAAGAUUACCAAGAAAUCGCCGCGCAGUGGGAAGAAAGUGUCGUCGACGAGUGCGUCACCAGUUCGAAGAACUCCAAGACGCGUUCAAGUCGCUGUGGGCACGACAGAUGAGGACAGCGAGCGCAAGAACGACAGCGAGACCGCUGACUUGGUGCUGGACGUUGAGAUCGAAGGCCAUGACGCAUUGAGUGAUGAAGAUGUUGAAGAAGAAGAGGAAGAGGCCUCGAAUCAACUCAGAAAACGUGGCAAAAGCCGACGUAAUGGUGACAAUGAGAGUCCAGGAUCCAAACGGAAGCGAGAAACGAGUCACGAUGACGUCGACGCUGCAGCCUCUGGAACCAAACACAGUCCAUCGAACAAGAAACUCAAGAAGAAUACAGCUAGUACCAAUGCUAUUGCGAAGACGGCUCCAUUACCUCCCCGCCAUGGUGGGCUAGGCAACGCUACGCGAGAAAAGCUUGCCGCUAUCUUCCGACUACGUGUUCAACAGCAGCAACUUAAUGCUAGUCAAGCUGGUUUCCAGCAGUCUUUGCAGGAUCCAGCGGAGACACCAACCGCUGCUGAUACAACCAGUGAUACCGAGGAGACCGACGCAAGUGAAGUCACCAAGAUCACGGUGGCCAAUGCUGAGCUUGCAGCAGCAGAAGAGUAUCAGCGACAGCUUCAGCAGUACUAUUACCACCAGCAAGUGAUGCUUGCGAAUAGUAUGGCCAUGAACGCUGCUGGAAGCGAAGACCCGAGUGUGAUUCCACUUCAAGGUGGCAUCAUGGAUCCUCGAAUAAUCCAGGAGCGUCUGACUGCGCUGGAGGAGCGUCGACGACAGCAAGCGCACGUGCAGGCGUAUUAUCACCAGUUGAUGCUUACACGAGAGCGAAACGUGCGUGCAUUAGCAGCCAAUCAGGCCUUCAUGGCAACGAGUGCAGCUGUGUGGGAGCAGCAGUUGAAGGAGACGCAGAGCGAGGACGGCAGCUCGUCGGUCACGAGCUGGAAGGACGUGACAGGCGCGGACGCGUCCGAGACGAAAGAGACUGUAGCAGCGUCAGGCUCAGAAGCCGAUGAUAGCAGCAAAGGCGACAACGAGAGCACGAAAGAGAGCGAGACCAGCUCAGCUGCAGUCGCUACCGAGUCAGACGUGACAAAAGCCGCAUCCCCGGACAGUGUAGAGAAAGCGGAGGGCUCGGCUGCUACGUCGCCGGUCAAGAGCGAUUCAGACAACAGCGAUCCAGCAGAUCCACCGGCGCAAGGCGUUCUCUAUGAGUAUGUUCUGUAGCUAGGGCAGCGACAGCAGCUAAUGCAUGAGCUUCGGUAUAGCUUCAACUUUUGUUCCUCGUCCCAAUGCGCACUCUGAUUGGUGGAUAGGAGCUGACAGCCACCGAAAAACUUUGACUUG